CGCACCUAAAUCUCGUUACGAAUGUGAGAAUACACGAGAUGUCGCCAUUUUGACACUUCCUAUAUCGAAUAUGAUGCGAUUAUCGAGCAUUAUUUACAAGCCGUGUUAAAGAAAUGUGACUUGUAAAUACUAAAAGCAAAGACAACACCUACCACAAUGCCGUUGACCAAGCGGCGUAUCGAGCCGGUCAACGUGAGCCGUGUGAAGGUAGACAAGACAGUACGCAAUGAGCUGGAGUGCGUCACCAACAACACCCUUGCCAACAUUAUACGCGAACUCAGCAGCCUUAGCAGGCAUGCAGAGGACAUGUUCACCGAGCUGUCCCACGAAGCAACAGUUGUGUUUGGGCGCUCUGUUCAGCUGCAGAAACGCAUUGAUCACCUGAGGGACAAAGUUACACAGCUCAAUGCAACAGUGGAAGAAGUGUCCUUGACUGACAUCCACACCCGCAAGCCAUUCAAGAGCACGAUUGUGAAGGAGCAACAGGUGAUAUCGCGGCUCACCAUCCCCAUGGCCCUGAUUGACAACUACAACCAGUGCGAAUCUCCGCCGGCACUCGACAAGCUCAAUGAGUUCAGGGAGGAUGGUAAGGACUGCAUGAAGUUUUACACAGACUCCACCUACUUCGUGGAGCUGUGGGUGCGGGAGAUGGAAAAAGAGAUGGAGGAGAAGAAAUCAGAACUCAACAAAAAGAGGGACAAGAAGAAGAGACCCAAACAGGCUGAUAAGAGGAAGCCUCGACAAAUAGCUGAUCCAAAGGCCAAAUGGAAUACCAUGAAGUAUGGUGAAGAGUUUAAGGAGGAACAUGUAGCAGAAGCUGUCAAACGGGUAUCGGAGCACCCAGAGGGACGACGCUUGGUGCAUCAGAACAGCACUGGGUCCAGCCACUCGCCGCACAACCGCCCUGGCACACUACCGGUGGACCAUGCCAGCCCCGGACACCAUGGCCAGCCACAUCAUGGCCACCCUCAAAACCAAGAUCCCAGGAUACACAAUCAUGCUUCCAAUGUUGCUAAUGGACCAUACCAGGCUGAUCAGCAGCGCAAUGAAGAUCUGGCACAAACCCAUGUACGUGGCUCCGGGAUGCCACAGAACCAACAGUUCCAGUACCAGCAGUAUCAGAUGUCACCUGGUCGGUCCUCCGCUGCUAUGCUUGGAAGUCCACACUCUCGCCCAUCACAGCCUCCCCCAGCCCCACCCCCGCCAAUGGACCAGCAAAGCCCAUCGGACAGAAACAAUCUGCCUCCACCCCCACCACCUCCCCUUGAUCCAGCAGCCAGCCAAACUGCUACUCCGCCAAUGCAGCGUCAGCCAAUUAUGUACAAUCACCUGGAUGGCUCUCCAGGGAGAGGCCGUGGCUCACAGCGUAACUCUCCAGCAAGGCAACCUUCACUGUCAUCAUCUGCCACAUCGAGUCCACACAGAGCAACACCAGAAGGGGUAGAACCACCACCUCCACCGCUCUCCCCUCCCAUUAGUCAAACACCAGAUACCCCCCCUAGCCAUGAUUCAAUGCCGCCUCCACCUUCUCCCCCACCCCCACUGAACUUCUCUCAGACCCCAUCACCGCCACCCCCUCCUCCCCCACCCCCAUUAAUGACCAAUUCUCAGGGCCCACCCCCACCUCCUCCUCUGCCCCCAGCAGUGAUGAAUGGAUCACUGAGGAGAGAUCAGCUUGAUGUGGCCUCUGUAUCUUCUACUGGAAGCACAGUGACUAAUGUAUCAAACUCGGAGCCUCAGAAGCCCACAGUGGGACAAGAACGCAGUGAUUUGCUGGCAGAAAUAAGACUAGGAGAUUGGUACAAGAAGUUGCGGCGUGUGGAGGAGCGCAGGGAGAAGCAGAAGAAGGUGGUACCAGCCGGCAGAUUCGAUGUUCAGGCUCUCAUGGACAGGGCUGUGGAAAUGCGGCGCAAAGUGAUAGAAGACAGUGAUAGCGGUGAUGGUGAUAGCGGUUCCGAUGAUGAUGACUGGGACACAGAUUGAGGACAAGCAUAGUCCUAGACAACAUGAACUUGGCUGGCUAUUGUAAGCUUGUUCUUAUAUAGCCUUUUUCUACACAGGGGAAAAUGUGUCCAGAUUUAAAGGCUAAUGCACAGAUAUGUUCAUGUGGAAGACAUGUAAAGCAUGAUUUAUUAAUUUACCUAGGAUAGCAUGUUGAUGAUGUAUUCACAAUUUAUCUCAUCUUUAGUUGCUUGCGGAUAAGAGGAAGUAGGAAAGGGGUUUUAAAAUAAUAAUUAGAGAUUUGUAUUUCAAAUGAAUUAGAUUAAUGCAACGUGUACUUAUUGGCCUGUUGCCAUGAAAUGCCUGGUAACCAUGGUAACAGAGAGCUCUAUUCCUCCUGUAAUGAAGAAAGAGAGCUAAUGAGGAUGUUCAGCAAAUCCCUCACCCAUGUAGGACAGUUGGCAUGCCAGUUCAGUUGCAGCGAGAUGCAAGAAAUCUUCAGAAUCUUCCACUUUUUUUCACUGUCAGGGAACGAAAGUAAUCACUGCAAGUUACUCAGAAUAAUCAUGUCACAUGCCGGAUAUAUGAUCAGACACUUAUUUGAUGCAAGGGAAAGAUCUGCUUAAAUGUAGAUGUUACAUUUUCUGCUUGUAUGCAGUUACUUUUCUAAUGUAUCUAAACUACAGCUGUGAGCCUACAGCGCUGACUCUAUACACCGUGUAAACAGGCCUGUCAGCCCUGUGCAGGAGUGUUUGGUAAAUCUAUUGUACAGUGUAUUGUUCAUGUAUCAUAUGUUCCAUGUCUACAGGUGUGGCGUACUUAGUGUUGCAUGUAUCAUAGUGCUCACAGCCGACGGAGGCUGACCCACGGGUGGGAUGACAUGUACAUACAUACAUCAGUAGUGACAGCAUAGUUCAGACAUGUCCUGCUACUAGGGGACAACCACAGCAUGCACUCCUCAUAAUAUUCUGUACAAACCAGUAUGUAAGAUAACUGUUAAUAUUACCUGUCUGUCAUCGUUGUGUCACAAUGUCUUUCUGCUCUGUUUUGUGUUAUAUUUAUGAGCUCUGUAAGUGCUAUGACUUAUCAUUGGACAGACUCUAAUCUGUUUUCAACAGGUCAGGUUUCCACUUGUUUUUUAAGCGACUGAUAGAACAAAACACCUUUGCAGUGCCAGUAAUCAGUGGUGAAAAUAUAUGAAAUGAAUUUCUCCUUUGACACUGAAAUACUUGAUGACAGAGUUAAAUGUAUUUGGUCAAUUUAAAAGAAGAGUCACUUUGUCAAUGCCUAAUCCCUCCUCAGAGAAUAUAGCUGCUGCCUCAGUCACAGUGGUGUUGUCAAAGUGCAAGCACUGACAGAACAGGUUUGUGUGAGCCAGUAUGUCUCUGCUAAAUUUUGUCUUUCUCAGUGUCCAAGUGUUACUUGGUAAUUCACAACUAUGAUAUGUGAAAACUGACCUUGUUGAUAUUUCUUGUGAUACUUUCUUUGUUCACUUUCUUGCUGUACAUUUGUCAUGGUAGUCAAGAUGAUAUUUUACUGAGAUUGCUGGUGACAGCUGCUUGCUGGGAGAGUUGUGUGUGAAUGUUCUGUUGUCAACUUACUAAGAUUCUUUAUCAGUAUUGAUAGCCUGCUGUUUGCAUCUGUGCUGGGAGAUGAAAAAUCUGAUAUUAGUGAAAGGAAAUGUAUGCUGAAAAUACCAGUGAACAUAAUGAACAUGGCAAGGAGCAAACUACCACCGCCUCCAUUACGAAAUCAAAAUACAUGGACAGAAGCAGGCAUUCAUGUGAUGUUGUUAUUGAUGAAGAGUUACCCCCCUUUAUGAUCAAACCCAGCUUUGUACCUUUAAAAUGUGGUUGACUAUGGAUAACUUUUGACAGACAGGUAUGAAAUGAUAUAUCAUAAUGGUAUAAUAAUUCUACGACGGUGUUAGGUUCCUAAAGGGGGGGGUAGCAAAUGUAUUAGUUUCUUUAUUAGUAAUGUUUGAUUAUUUUUUUCAUUUAAAACCAUCCUCUAGAGGGAUCAAUGUAACCAUUUCUAGGACAGCAGUUUAUGAAUCUGUCUUGGCAUUAUGUACAUUUGUAUCAUUCUCCCCCACUGUUAACGGUGUGCAAUAAUCAAUGAAUUCUUUCCCUGUAUCAUAAGUCAUCAACCAUUCAUAGAUUUCAGACAGAUUUAGAUUUUGUUUUGUUUCUUUUGUAAACUGUGAGAUAGAAGCCUAUGUAUUUACUGUGUUUACAUUGUCUAGCUGUACUAAGGUUAUCGGUAAGUGCUAGUCAUAUUAUGGAAGAUAAGAGAUGCUUCACAAUAUAUGCUCAUAUUAACUCAGUCCUGUUUUGCCAGCAUUUAGUUGGGACCAUGUACUGAUUCUGCUCCUUGAAGACACACUGUAGUCUAUUGCUGCAUUAGGAUAUCAGAAUAGAGACCAGCAUUUCUUCAUCUUCGUUCAGCAUUUCAUAAAUAAAGGGAACAACAGUAGAAGUCAUUUAUGUCAGCAGUUGCGCUACAGAGACACUGUUUGUUGCAGGGCAUACAGGUACAGAUGAAUCUUACUUGGGAUACUAUUUAAUAUCGGCUUUGUUUUUCUUAAGGUAUCUCCAAUAAAAUUUGCUAUGCACUAAAUGAAAUAAAUUCUUGUAUUGUCAUACUCGCUGUGAAUAGUUUAUUUUAAUGUUGAGAUGGGAAAAGUGCUUGAAGUUUGUUCAGUGUCAAGUACAAGCUAUGCCAUUCUGAAACCAAUAUAUCAGAGCAGAAAAGACCAAUGCUUUUUGGAGUUAGUUUUGCAAGCAGCAGAAUCGGAGAAUAAUUCUGUCCCACCAUAAGAAAAUGUGCUUCUAAAUGAAAACUCUUGUCAUGAAAAGUGUCAUGAAUUUGACUCCCAUUUUCAGUAAGAACCCUGAAGAUAUUUGACCUGAGUUGCCAGUUGGUAUUGGCAGAAUUAUGUUUUCUUCUGCAAUUACUUUUUCCAGUUUAACCAUGUGUACUGGUACUGAAAGAGCUGUUCUCGAUAUUGACCUGACAGGUGCUGGAAGUAAUACAAUGUGAACAAACAAACACCUGCAGUUUGCCCAGCACCUGAUAAUGUUGCUGUAGUUGACGUGCUGCAUGGGGAAACAUAACAACACUCACAUUUAUGCAUCUAUCAACCCUUUCCCCCCGAACAGUGAGGUUGCAUUUGCUUUCUUGGGUGAACAUUUCAAUGGUGAUAUAUUUCCAUAACAGUUUUUGCAUGUCCAAACCAGAAAAUGUUGCAUUACAAUUUGGUAGCUGCUCAGAUCUGUUCCAUGUGCACCUUAGCAUUUUAGCAUGUUUUUUAUGUGAAUUCUGUAUCAAGACCUUUGCUAACAUUUUGCCAAUACUAUUGCCAAUAGGGUCGUUUUAUAUGAUGCUGAUAACAAUUAUGAUAUUUUUCAUGCAUGUGAUUUUAGAGCAGUUUUAAGGUAUCCCAACAGUAUCCCAAGUAACAGUGUGAUAUAGAAUACAGAAGAUCAUUAUUUAAUGAUGUUGCCGUCAAGUUAGGAUGUAUUCCAAACAUCUUAAGAUCAACCAACAUUUAUUUUCUCUCUUAUGUCCAAACAGAAUGUGUUUCUCAAAAUCUUUUACUUCUGCUGCAUUUUUGGAAAAAAACACUUGUUAUGAUAUAAAUCAUAUUAUUAAAGUUUACGCCUUUUUGUUUUCCUGUUAUUUUAUCCUUGGAUUUUGUUCUCUUGUCCAAUGUUUGUCUUCUAGUGGAUAAUGACAGCAGAUUUACCCAGUGUAUAAUGUAGUUCCUGUGCCAACUUAGUUAAACUACCAGUUUUGUUUAGGCUGUGCAUGAAGCACACACAUAUAUCAGGGACAUUAUUGGUAACAGAAUAAAUCUCUUGUUGGCUUGCAUAAGGACUGUUUCAAAGAAGUCCUCACGGGAUUUACAGCCUGUGGAUCUAACUAUUGUUCGGGCCAAAUGUUGUUGAUAACAUGUAGCUAGCUACAACAGCUACUGAAUAAACCAGGGAUAUUUUUCUGAUUGCAUGAGAUGACGCUUAGCUUCAUUGUUAUCAGAGGUGGGUCUUUGUAAUGGGCACCUACAGUGUUUGCUGGGCCCAACAUGAGGGACACUGACUUCUGAAUCUAUGCAUUUUGAGAGAACAAUGAAGAUGGAGUGAAUGACAUUGAUAAGUUGGUGGGCCAGAGGUGGCAAGACGACUGAGCUAUUCCAAGGAGAGCUGAUACAUCUAUUCCAGCAGUGUUGAUGUUGAAUGUUUUACAUGGGUUGUACAACCAUAUUUGAUAUUGUGUGUGGCAGUUAGGUAAUGUGCUUCUGUUGAUUUGUUACGUUUUCAGUAGGAGUAGUCCAACGUUAUACAUACCCAAAGCCCUGGCUUACCAUGCUUUCUGAACAUGUCCAAACCUUGUUAAAAGAAGUAGUACAAAAUAGGAUUUGCCUAGCCCAGGAAAACUUGCUCAACAUUAGAAAACAUGCUUAGGACUAGGAGAAAGGAGGACGUAGGAUUAGGGUCCUAUUUGCCUGACUGAAAAUGUAUCAUUUUGAAAGUUGCAUAAAAAAAUGAAAUAUUGGUAUGAAAUUUAUCAGACAUGUUCAAAUGGCUGAUAUCUAGCAUUGGUUUCCUCUUUUUCACACUUGCAAGUUUUUUGCUUCUGACAUGAUCAAAGACAAGUGUGGCUAAGAUGAGUCAAAAAGGCUGGGUUUUUUUAAAAGCUUCAAAUGAAAAUCUAUGAGCAAAUCUGUGACCCAAAUUGAAUUGGAAGUCAAAGACUUGCUCAUGUUCAAAUAUUUUAUAAAAUCGUUUACUGGAGACAAACCUCUAACAUCAGCCUCUUGACACAUUUAUACUUACUUGUGCAUUUGGUGUGGUGGUAAAACAGGCAGUUGUCAAAAUGAACAAAGUCUAGUUCCCAUUCAUAUCAACACAUCUGAUAACUAUCAACCCUGAAAUUAUGCAGACCCUGUGGCCUAAAAGAGCCCUUAUACCUUGUCCUUUUUUGAAAGUUUAAUCUGAAUCAAACAUGUUGUUCAACACACUGUGUUUGCUGACUUCAUGAAAGGUGAUAUUAUUGCACCGACAGAAACACUAUUUUCUAGAGAAUUGGUAAUUAAAUCAUUUGGAUAGAUAUCCUUCGCUGAAUCUGUCUGUUAUAGGGAACGUCUCUGCACUUCGAGGCUCAGAGGGGCUUUGUGCAGGGAAAGAUGCCCAUCUACUAAAGUGUAACAGUAUCUAUAAUAGAGCUCUACAAGAAAAUAUUUCCAGAGAGUUAUGUACUGCUAAUUAAGGGAAUGUAAGAACACUGCUAUAACUUCAUCCUACAGUAUUUGACCAUGUGUGAUCUCUACCUAGUCUGUCUUUUAGUCAUGACAAAAGCAGUACAGGUAGAUUAGGAACCAACUACAUCAUCAAGAUAAUUGGCUUACCAGUUACCAGUAACAAAACAUUAUUUUUCCUCGAAAAACUGAAACUUUUCUUUUUUCUUUAGUCGAUUUACCAUGUUUCAGAGAGCUGCUUUGGUCCUCAACUGAAGUAUGUCUGUUGAAUCUGAAUCCAUUUAGAACUGCUUAAAGAAAAUAUCAUGUGUAGACCUGUGUACCAGUACCAUUCUAGUUGCAUGCAUUGAUAUAAUAAGUUACACAAUAUAUACAGAAAUGAUGUACAAUUUAUUCCUUAAUAUAUAUGUAGAUGUGUCUAAGCUUUAAAAAUCCAUUCUUACUACAUUUUGGUGAAAACAGACAAAUGAUAAAAUGAUGACGCAUUCCAGUAUUACUGCACCAAGAAGGACAUUAAUAAUACUGUAUUUUCCCUAUUGGACGCCCGGGCGUCAAUUAAUUUCACGCAAGCUGAUCUCCGGCAUAUGUUAGAGGCCUGCGUGUAUUUGAGACCCAGUGUCUAUUCUGUUCAAUGCUGGCAUAGUGGCAACUCACUACGUUACCAAAACCAAGAUUGUAAUGUUAUACCAAGGGUACAUUUGCAGGAUACAGUCAUUGUUUAUCCCCAAGAUGUCACAGUAUUAUUUGUUGGACAGAGCGUAUGACCAGGUGUCAAUUGGAGACAAACGUGUAUUAGAGGUCCGGACUCUGAUAGUGGAAAUAUGGUAUCCCUUUUGUUUGUAAGAAUAAAAUACUUACAGAUAAGUUAGGAAAUGCUGAUAGAUAACGUGAAUGUUAAGUCCAUGUUUGUAUAGCAUUGGAAAACUUUCUAUUUCAUGCAGCAUUCCAAAAAUCAAUUUGCCAUCUUGACAAUUAUGCAUGUGAAAAGAUAGGUUAUAUUUUUAAGGUAGAUCAAUAUUUCAUUUAAGAAUAUUUUUACUGACUUUCUCAAAUAGCAGAGUCCUGAUGAUCCUUUGUGUGGACAAAAUUUAUUGUUAGCCGAUGUGCUCGGAACCAUGGGAACAUCUAGACUAGUCUUCCAAAAUUGGACUUACACACUGUAUGCCUAUCUUUUGUGCAUGUCAUAUUAUUUAAAAUUUGUUUCAAAAUUGUACAUUGUAUAUCCUGAGAUCCCUUAGUGGACAAUACUGUAUUCUAGACAUGUUAUUAUUAUGGACCAUUAAUUAUGCUGACUUCAAACCAGUUACAGAGAAUUAAAACUGUGAAUGUAAUCUUGUGGCUGUAGCAUGAAAUCUGCUCAAAUUGUAAAUUGACCUUUACCUCCUAUUCCUGCUUCUGCUAGCUGUGUACAUAGCCUGCUGUAAACCUAGCUGACCCCGCUUGACCCCUGACCUGACCUGACCUGACCUGACCUACAUAACACCAGCACUAUUGAAACUAUGUCCAUUUUUGCAUGAUUUGUCUUCAAAAUGUCAGUUUAUCUCUUACUUCAGACAGCUGUAGCAUUUAUCAGCAAUAAAAUGGACUGCUUUUUUUUAUUCUGAAAA